GUGAAAGAGGACUGGCCAUUCCUGUUUGAGGAGCACCAUUUUCUCAAUCAUGCAGAGCUACUGCUCGGAUUCAACGUCAGCGAAGUCUUUGAUGAUAACAUGAAAAAGGUUGGAGUACAACUGUACAGGUACGCCUACAGUCAACUGAAGAACGAGGCUGUGAAGAAGUGCCUUAAGGACAUUGAGGAUGCUAAAAAAACUCUAAAAAAUGUGACCCCCGAAUAUGACAGCACUCCGCUCCUGCUGCUGGCAAUCUUCGGUGAAGACAUUGAAUUGAUCUUCAAAAAUGUUGAGGAGAAUGCCACUGACUCGGAUCUGGGUGAUAUGGACCCAAGCCCGAUCAUAUGUGUUAAAGGAGCCAACAACUACACAGCAAGCGAGUUCACAAUUUGUGUUGACACAGUGCCGGUGAUGACCACAAGCAACAGGGCAGGCUCAUUCAAGUUGAUGUUCCUGCUCUAUUUUGUGUUGAACAUUUCGUUCCCAGAAGAAGUGGGCCUUACACUUGAAUUUAUUCAAAGGGGUAUUGCAAGCAUCAACCCACCGAGGGGCACCAAGAUUCUUAAAAAGAAGAAGAAGCAACACUGUGUGUCACCCGCGGUUGCCAAGCUGAUGGCUUCCCUGGAGGAAUAUGCCUUUUAAGCUGAAACAGUCUUAAAGCCUUCCUGAUUUAAAUAAAAUGUAUGUUCCAGAAAUGUCAUCUUUAAGCCCAAGCAAGGCAAAGGGAAGGAAUAAAAAGGU